AUGCGCGAGGUUGAGGAAAGCAUGCAACUCGGACUCAUUGCUGCACCUGCGGAGCGAGGCCUCGCUCUGCCAUCGCCAUCGCCUCUGCGCUGCGGCCAGCGGCCUGCGCUGCAAGGCGAGGUCCUCGGAGGCGCCACCGUGCCGCAGCUGACGCAGACUGGGCCGCAGUGGCGCCAGGCCCAGCGGCGAGGCCGCGCCCUCGAACCGAGCCUUGAGGUCGGCGGGGCCGAGGUCGCACAGCAGCGCGUCGGGCGUCAGGGCGCCCGUCAGCGCCGCGAGCGGCCUCGGGGCCCAAGAGGGCCGAGGCCCAGUGGCGCCAACUCGCCCCACGCGUCCGUCUUUCCAGGCUGUAGCGUGGCCACGUCCCCCAGCAGGAUCCCCCGGGCGGACUUUGCGGCGCCCGCAUUCGGCACCGUCGGCGCCACGUGGCGGGCCCGAAGCCUGGUCAGCUCGCGCGGCCAACAGUAG